GGUGCCCGGGCAGGAGGGGCGCCCUCGGGGCUGAGCCUGGGGACUGGGAUGGAGUGGGGGUCCCUGCCACGCUCACAGUCAGUGCACAGAGCGGACAGAAAAAAGGGCCGGGCAAGUGUGUGUGAGAGCUGGGAUGAGAGGCCUGGCCGGCAGAUGCUGGCGGGAUGGGAGCAGGCUGAACCGUGGCAAAGGACGAGAAGGGGACCUUGCCUUGCCACACUUCCGAGCCAGUUCUGCCUGCCUCCCAGGUGCAGCGCGGUGCAGCUGAGCAGGAUGGAGUACGCUGUGAAGUCUCUGAGCCGUCUCUACCCCAAGUCCAGCUCCAGGCAAGUGGCCGUGCGCACCUCGGUGGUGACCCAGCAGCUGCUGUCAGAGCCCAGCCUGCAGGGCUCCAGGGCCCGGCCCUGCCGCGUGAGCACCGCAGACCGGAAAGAGCGCAAAGGCUUCUCGGCGCACAGCCUGGAGGACCUCCGGCACAAGGUGUGGGACGCCCUGAGGCUGGCGGACAAGUCCUUCUUGCUGGUGCUGGAGGAAGAUGGCACAAUUGUGGACACAGAAGAGUACUUCCAGGCCCUCUCAGGGGAUACAGUGUUCAUGGUCCUCCAGAAGGGGCAGCAGUGGCAGCCUCCGCCAGAGCAGGUGAGGGCCCACUCACUGGGCACUCUCUCCUGCUCCCAGAAGCCCACCAAGAAGAUCGAUGUGGCCCGUGUCACCUUUGACUUGUACAAGCUGCACCCUCAGGACUUCAUUGGCUGCCUGAACGUGAAGGCAACUCUCUACGACACGUACUCGCUCUCCUACGACCUGCACUGCCACGGGGCCAAGCGCAUCGUCAAGGAAGCCCUGCGCUGGGCCCUCCUCGGCAUGCGGGCCACAGGCCACAUGCUGCUCGGCACCUCCUGGUACAUGCAGAGGCUCCUGGACGCCGAGGAGGAUGGGCAGCCGCCCACGGGCAGGGCCUCAGCCCUGCUGCCUGCCUGCCUGAGGAUACUGCACUGAGGGUGCUGGGCCCGGAGGUCCCCCACCAGCACUCCCUGCGGUCCCCAUGCUCCGUGGGUCACACACACAAGCCUGGCAGCUGUCCAGCUUCUCACCUCCCCACACUGCCCUCCUCUGUGCACAGGCCUGACUGAGGAAGCAGCAGGAAGGGCUGGGCGCCUGGAGUGGGCCGGCCAGCAGAACUCCGGGCUCCUGGCUGUGGCAGCGUCACCAACCCGACCCGGGUCACUAAGCCUGCCCCUUAAUCACAUCUUCCCUUCUGCAUUGUGAGGACGCUGCCUACUCCUGAGCGGUCCAGCCCACCAGCGUAGGAUACUGAAGAUUUCACAAUAAAUUAUUUUUGAGGA